UCCAGCAAGUUCAGUGUCUCGUCGAGAGUGGCCGCGACACUUGGCUCGCGACCAUCGAAGCGCGCGCGUCUCAUCCACGACGAGGACUGUGCCCAGCCUGUGAUAUACAUACGAACAGUGAAAAGUUCAUGAACUUGGGUGUUGAAUUUGUUUGAACUGUAUCACGUGCCGCAGACGCUUUGUGGCGUGUCCCGCGAACCUUCGAAGGUGCUCGUACAGUCCGACAUCACUCACGGGCAGGCGUCGACAAGGACGGCGGCGGUGGUUAGCGGUAGCGGUUCUGGAGCUCACAGAUAACAAAUGUUGCCACGGCCUCUCAGCAAGAGUACAAUGCGGCUUUUAAUCGGUUUAGUGUUAGUGGCGUACGCCGCGGAAGCUGCUAAAAAGUUUGAGGGUACGCUCAGAUCAGCGGCAGAGGCGCCGCCGCAAGACAACCUGGCCGUGGAGUCUGGGUCGCCGGAGCCCGCGGUGGUGUCGGCUCCGCAGGAGUACAAGAACCCGGGAGCCCCGCCACCCCCGAAAACAACAGACGAGGCUCCAGAUGAGAUAGACGAUUCAGUCCCUGAAACCGCGUCUGGUGGAGUUCCACCAUCAGCGCCCAGCGGAGCGUCAGCUCCUUCAGCGCCCGCCAACUCGCUCGAGGAAUGCGACCCGGAGAUGAUUGGAUUUGAACUCGUGACCGGGUACGUUUUCUCGGCGCCGUCGCACAUACUCGACGACAUCCCCGGCACUCUGAUGUUGACCGACUGCCUGGAGCAGUGCCAGGCCAACGACACCUGUCGCGCCGUCAACUACGAGACGGGACUCUGCGUGCUAUUCGGCUCCGACGCGGACCAGUUGCCGGGUGCUCUAACAAAAUCCCAGUUCCCUGUCUUCACAAUCUACGCCCAGAAGUCAUGCCUGGGAGUCAGGCCUUGCGAGCGCGCGUGGUGCUUCGACCGCGUCCGAGGGUACCACCUGAAGGGAAGAGGCAAGAGGACCCACACCGUUGGAUCUAGGCAGAUGUGCUUGGACCUCUGCCUAGGGGAGAACGAGUUUGUUUGCAGAUCAGCGAACUACAACAACAAGACUGGCGAGUGCGUGCUGUCAAACAUGGAUCGGAUCACCCUCGCGGGAACUAGCGCAUUCCAGCCUAAUGAAGACACCGAUUACUUGGAAAACAACUGUGUCGAAGAACCGACCAAAUUGUGCGAGUUCAAGAAGAUGAGCGGACGCAUCCUGAAGACUGUCGACUCCGUAUACCAAGACGUCCAAACAGUUGAAGAGUGUCGCGAGCUCUGCCUGAACUCGCCUUUCCGAUGCCAUUCGUACGACCACGGCGACACUGGUGACCACGUUUGCCGUCUGUCUCACCAUUCACGAGCAACUCUUGCUGAUAUCCAGGACCCUUACUUGGAGGUGCCCGAAGCUGCCACGUACGAACUUUCCUCAUGCUACAACGUCUCCAUCGACUGCCGCGCUGGUGACAUGGUAGCUCGCAUUCAGACCUCCAAAUUAUUUGAUGGGAAAAUCUACGCAAAAGGAAGUCCGAACUCAUGCGCUGUCGACGUUGAACAGAGUCUAGAGUUUGAACUGACAAUGGAAUACUCAAACAUUGAAUGCAAUGUCAAGCAAAAUGGUCUCGGCAGAUACUUGAACGAUGUUGUAAUCCAACACCACGAUACUAUUGUUACAUCCUCGGAUUUGGGAUUAGCCGUCGCUUGCCAGUACGACUUGACAAACAAGACUGUCGCUAACGAAGUUGACCUCGGAAUCCAAGGAGAUGUCAAGACUGGUCUGUCAGAGGAGGUUAUUGUGGACUCGCCCAACGUAGCCAUGAGAAUCACCGACAGGAGCGGAGACGACACCAUCGCAUCUGCGGAAGUUGGAGAUCCCUUGGCCCUCCGAUUCGAGAUUUUGGACCCGAACUCACCUUUCGAAAUAUUUGUGCGAGAACUGGUUGCUAUGGAUGGCGUAGACUCCAGCGAAAUCACCCUUAUCGACAGCCAGGGUUGUCCUACAGACCACUUCAUCAUGGGACCUCUAUUCAAAUCAUCCACAAGCGGGAAGAUACUGCUGUCACACUUCGACGCCUUCAAGUUCCCGUCGUCCGAAGUGGUGCAAUUCCGCGCUCUGGUGACUCCUUGCAUGCCGACUUGCGAACCUGUUCAGUGUAACGGCGGACCAAACGAACUUCGCACCAUCUCAUCUUACGGCCGCAGGAAGAGGCGUUCGACGUCUGCAGCGCCCACCGAGAACAUGCUUCUUGUGCAAACGAUUCAGAUCACCGACAAAUUCGGAUUCGACAAACAGCGAGCGAAGAACGUUACCGAAGACUCAGUUUUCAUCAGAGAGACCGACGCCACUUGCGUCAACGCCGCGGGAGCGAUGCUCGCCGCCGCCGCCUUCCUGGCCGCGCAACUAGUCGUCCUAGCAGCGUGGACCUGCAGUUGGCAGCGUCGACGUGCGGCGGCGAAAGCGGCCGAGCUUCUCCCGGGCCCGACCGCUCCCUCAACCCUCUGCAAAGUCUACGAUGCCAGUUUCUCCCGUGCGCACCAGAGGCACUUCUGAGUAACUGUAGGCAUGUCGACGUGAUCAGCGUCCGCAAUAGUAGCAUAUAUAGUAGUUUAAAAACCCCCGUCGAGUCCAGGCUCGUGAGGCCGACGUUUCGCCGGAGAGACACGUCCACCUUUAACGAAGCGCAGGGCAACGAUAGCGGUUAUUUAAUGGUAUUGUCCGAGGUCUUCCGCGUGGUGCUACGUACGGGCGCGCGCGGGGGAGCGCGGCGGGGAGGCGGGGACGACCAGGGAGCGUGUGUGGCUGUGGACGGAUGCUAGGCGCUCGGGCGCUGUGUGACCGCGUUGUGGAGUGAAUGCGAACGCUCGCUUGUCCCCUUCUCCCGGCCCGCGUCGGCGGGACCGUGGCCGUGAGUCGUUAUCAAGAUCACGUCGCUCAUUCGUUCACUUUACGGUCGGAUGUCCACUCGGAGAUCCGACGACGUAUUGUACCAUAUUUUUUUAAAGUAGCCUAAGCCUGAUUUUAAUGAUAGUGAUAAGUAAAAAGUAACAUUUCAGUACCUUUUAAGUAGAUAACCGAACGUGCGACCUAAGUCAAGAGACGAUGGAUUGACGGCCGUCCCGACAUCGUAAUUUAUUUAAUUUAGCAUAGUUUCUUUUUUACGUAAUUUAUGUUUGAGGAUUGAAUUAUACCUAUUUAAUAAAUUCCUAAUAUAAAUGAAUACCUAAGCAAAUACAUGUAGCUUACUUAAACAUGUGCUGUCGUUUGCGAUGUAAACUGAAAGUAUUUUAUUAUGAUAUUAGUGCCUUAAAUUUGAAAUGUUAAUAAUAAAAUGCUGUAAUCAUUUUAUCUGUUUCAUCCGUCCAAUUUGUCAAACCUAAAAUAAAAUAUUUCAGAAUAUUA